GCCCUAUUUGGGCAUCUGGGGGGAAGGCGGCGGGAGGCGGCGCGGAGCCGGCGUCCGUGCGCAGCGGGGUGCCUGUGUGGCGCGGCUGAGGCUAGGUCGGGAGCUGCGGUGCUGGCGCAUCCCGCCCUCGGAACAAUGGGAGUGGGCGCGCGCGGCGGCUGGGCCGCGCUGGUCCUGUGCGCGCUGCUGGUGCUAGCGCUGUUGAAGGCCGCCGUGGACAACGCGGGCCUGGAAGGAUCUCCAGACACAAAGAAGCUGGUGUCUCCAGGGAACGACAGUGGUAACUCAACAGGGAACGCCACCAUGGUGACCUCCAGCCAUACGAGUGCACCGCCAAACAUGACGAAACCCCCCACGCCUAUCCCGUCCCAAGUCCCCAGGACGGACGCCAUCAGCACCUUGAUGCCCAAAACAUCACCCAGAGCCACAACACGGGGGGCCUCCGCAAAUACGACCUCCACCACCCACGUGUCCUACAGCGCGUCCCACAGUGCGUCCCAGAUGCCGUCAACAAUGAGCACUGCCCACAACCGGUCGGCCACCUCUGUGUCUUUGCCAGUGAUGAGCACAGCAACUAUUAAUUCGAAAGAAAGUCCAGGAUCAAAAUUUGACAUUGGCAGCUUUCUCGGUGGCAUCGUAUUAACGCUGGGAAUUCUGUCAAUCCUGUACUUUGGAUGCAAAACGUACUACUCGCGAAGAGGCAUUCGGUACAGAACCAUUGAUGAACAUGAUGCCAUCAUUUAAGGAACUCCGAGGACCACCAGGAAGAUCAGUACAGCCUUACUGACAAAUCUGGAUGAUUCUUGGAAAGAAUACACACAGAUCAUGCGUGUAACAUACAAUGUAUUAUAUGUAAACAUUGCUCAGGAUUACUAAAGGUAAAGAGACUUUGGGUUGGGGUUUUAAAUGAGCAUGUGCAGCGUACCGUUAAAGCAGCGUUGAACACAGUGCUGCUCUUGCUUCUGUGGCCGGGGUCACACUGGGGGACCAACUCCCCUGCCGUCCGCGCAGCCCGGGACACAGACCUCCCGAGCCAGCUCCACCCGAAGCGCUAAGGCCACGCAGCCGAAAUUACCAGUAAACCAGGGCUCCAGCAUCGUUCUCAAGCUUGGUGCUCGGGCAGGAAUGAGGCACAGUCCCCGCCCCCGGGGCUUGAGUCUGUUCUCCUCCAACAGUGCAGUCAAGGUGUAGUCCGGUUCUGCGCUCCUGCGAGAGGACAGCCACUACUGGAAAUGACUGUUUCGUAAGCACCAGUUAAUUGUAGGUUUAGUGGGUCUUUUUUAAGGGAUGUAGAGCUUCCUUCAGUAUCUAGAAUGGUUUAGUGUGACCAUGCUAAGGUAAGCCCCUGUGGGCUUUCUCUAGAGCUCUAGACGGCUGUGUUGGAGGCCACCUCUCAGGCUACUAACCUACAGGAAGAAAAUGCUGUAUUUUUGUGUACUGUUAAUUUUACUCCGAUUUGAGGAAACAGCAUUUUUAUACUAAAAAAACCUUUGUAUUUGGAUUAAAUUCUUGAGAAGUUAAUACAAAUUUUUAUUCUUCUUCAGGCCCCUCCUGUAAACAGAAAAAGCACAGUAUUGUCAGAACACCAGUAUUAGUCAACAUAGUUUUGGGUGUUCAGUUUUAUAGUUUAUAUUGCAACAGUCAAAACUCAGGGUCAAGUUUUGACAAAAAACGGUAUUUAGUCAUACUAAAUGUACAACUAGUCUCUGCCAAUCCAAAAAUAAGCUGUCCUAAUGACCACGUGUCUACACUGAAGAGGACAUCACUUUUGUGACCAGCUUUUGGCUUUCAGAGAAGGUCAGGAAUCCUUCCCAGUCACUGUGCGUUCCAGCCAGCUGAGGGCACGAGCCUGGAUAGGACAGGUGUGUGGCACAUGUGGGCUGACUUAGAAACAUGCAGUUCACCUGCCUGGUCUUGAAACCGCUUUCAGUGAUGGGGGCCUUCUAAAUUUUCCUGCUUUCUUCAGAAUUCAGUACUUGAGGUCAGAACCUUAUACUCCUGAAUACUUGUUUCUAUAGCACUUUGAAGAUGUAAAACCACUUUUUAAGUACUAAAUUUCAUUAUAUGCCUUUAAAGAUUGAAAUAACCUAAUGUCUUCUCAAAUACCAGUAUUUGGACACAGUUUUUCAGUUAUCUGCAAAAAUAGAGGGGAAUGGUGACAUGAACCGCAAAUUCACAUCCUAGUUAUGGUUACUUCAGCAAAUAUUCGAUCUUGUUUGCAUUCUCAGAGAUGUAUUUACUUGAAGAUAUAUUAGCAUCCAAAAUACGACUUUAAAUGUCUUUGCAUAAUCCAAAAAAAGAACAAUUUCCAUACAAAUGAGUUGGCAAUAUAUUACAGUGAGAAUUUUGUAUUUUUGAGGAGGAAAAUUUAAAGCAAAUUCUUUUUACCUCUUUUUUCUUUUUAUUAUAAUGACCAGCUUUUGGUAUUUCAUGGUUACCGAGAUCUAUUUUUAGAAUAAAAAACUUCGUUCUCAGA